UCUCUUGGAUGCUAAUCCUGAAAUGGAUUUUGAUACGAUGAUGAAUGCCACACCCACACCCCACACCCACACCCCACACCCACCCACAUCCACACACCCCACUCCCACACCCACCCACACUCACACCCACACCCACACCCGUUUUUCAUAGAUCUCUUGGAUGCUAAUCCUGAAAUGGAUUUUGAUACGAUGAUGAAUGAGAUAAGACCAAUGGUGAAUGAUCAAAAUGCUUAUCCAUUUAAUGAAUGUAUUCAUCAAAAUCUAAUGCUUAUUAGAAGAACUCGUACGGAUAAAUCGACUAUGUCAAAAGUACUUGGCGAUCCGACUUAUGUACCUGAAUUGGCAACACUCUUUUCUGAAACACGACGAAUUAGCCUGACUCGAGUUGCUGCUAUACAUAUCAAGGUCGAGCUUGUUAUUUCAAUAUUAUUGAUUCACCCGGUUUAUAUGAUAAUACAAUAAACAAAGGUGAACGACUAACAAAUGAAAAUAUUCGAAAACAUAUUAAUGAUUGUAUUACAAAAGAUGUAACCGAUAUUCAUGCAUUUGCAUUAGUUUUUAGUAGUAUUGGUGGUAUUAAUAAUGAAGAUAUUCAAUCAAUGAUAUUUAUUAAAAGAAAAUAUCCACAAUUGAAAAAUUUCUUUCUUCUUCUCAUUACUCAUUGUGAAGAGAAAGAUGUUGAUGAACGAAAUACGUUUGUUAAUGAAUUUUUUCGGCAUAGAGAUAUAGUUAGACAUAAUUUGAAAGAUUUCUUUGGACUCGGUAUCUAUUUUAUGGGUUGUCUUCGACCUAAUUUACGACGUCAUCCAAAUCUAGACGCAGCCCGUCUUCAAAGCCGGAAUGUAAUGAAAAUGCGUCCGAAAUUACUUGAUUUUCUUAUUUUCCACGAGCAGUCAUUCAAUAUUCAUUAUUCAACAUCACCCUCAUAUGCAUCUGUAUCUCGAGCAUUACCUUAUUGUUCAUAUUCCUUUCGGAUUAUUUUUAACAUUGUUAUAAUUCUACUUUUGGGCAUUGCCAUUGGAAUAGUCGUCUGCGUUUGUUUACAACCUUCUUGGUAA